AUGAUAAAAUCUCCUUCUUCAAGAGCUCUUAUUCUCAAAAUUAACCUGGCUUUCUUAGCUUGUGUUUUCAUCACCUAUGCAGUUCUUCUCAUUUGGCCUUCGCUCUCGGAAUAUCACCAGCACGCGUCGUCUAUCGUUACGUGCUCGUUGCGCGAGUGCCAUCAGAAGGCAGAAAACACCAUUAAAAUGAAAGCGGUUUUGGAAGAGCCACGCGCAAAUCAACCAAAGACUCUUCGAGAGACGAUGAUCAAGAGGGAGACACCUAGUUUUCUAAACGACAUAAUUGGGAGAGGCAAACAUAUGAAGAUUGGAAUGGUGAACAUGGAGGAUGAAGACACUACUGAAUGGAAAGCAUAUGGCCAUACUACACCAAUCCUCUUCGAGAAAGUUUCCGAUUACUUUGAAUGGAAGGACAUAUUCCCAGAAUGGAUAGAUGAAGAAGAAGAAAGAGAUGGUCCAUUAUGCCCCAUCAUUCCAAUGCCAGAUCUUGACAAGUAUGGUUAUAUGGACAUGAUAGUCGCUAAAUUGCCAUGCAAGAUUCCUGAAGAAGGGUGGAACAGGGAUGUGUUCAGGCUUCAAGUGCAUUUGAUUGCAGCAAAUUUGGCUGUGAAAAGAGGGAGAAGGGAUUGGGCAAAGAGGACAAAAUUUGUGUUUUUGAGCAAGUGCAUGCCAAUGGUCGAGCUGUUUCGAUGCGAUGAUAUGGUUAGACGAGAAGGAGAAGGGGAGUACUGGUGGUAUUAUACGCCAAAUAUGUUGAAAUUGGAGCAGAAGAUGUCUUUGCCUAUUGGCUCCUGCGAUUUGGCUUUGCCGCUAUGGGGAAAAGGGGUCGACAAAACAUACGAUGUUUCCAAAAUAUAUCGCAACAAAGGGAUUGAAAAACGAGAAGCCUACGCUACGAUUCUCCAUUCCUCGGAAGCCUACGUUUGUGGCGCAAUAAUCCUAGCCCAAAGUCUCCUCCGAACUGGAACCAAACGCGACCUAAUACUCCUAAUAGACAACUCGAUAUCCGAAUCCAAACGAGCGGCCCUUGCCCGUGCCGGGUGGAAGCUCCGGUUCAUCAAACGGAUCCGAAACCCAAAAGCCGAGAAACACACCUACAACGAAUACAAUUACAGCAAGUUCCGUCUAUGGCAGCUCACUGAUUACGACAAAAUCAUAUUCAUCGAUUCAGAUAUCAUUGUCUUACGUAAUUUGGAUAUUAUAUUCAAUUUCCCCCAAAUGUCAGCCACUGGGAACGAUGUAUCCAUAUUCAAUUCGGGUAUAAUGUUGAUCGAGCCUUCGAAUUGCACAUUCAAGAUGCUGAUGCGACGUCGUAAAGACAUCAUCUCCUACAACGGCGGCGACCAGGGAUUUCUCAACGAAGUGUUCGUCUGGUGGCAUAGAUUGCCGAGAAGAGUCAAUUUUCUGAAAAAUUUCUGGUCCAACAGUUCGGUCGAGGCUAGUGUGAAGAACCAGCUAUUCGGGUCGGAUCCUCCAAAGCUGUAUUCGAUACAUUAUCUAGGGUUAAAGCCAUGGCAGUGCUACAGAGAUUAUGAUUGUAAUUGGGAUAUACCAGAUCAGCGCGUGUACGCCAGUGACGUCGCGCACGCGCGAUGGUGGAAACUGCAUGACGCCAUGGACAAAAGCUUGCAGGAAUUUUGUGGUUUAACGGAGAAGAGGAAGAUUGAAUUGGAAUGGGAUAGGAUGAAAGCAAGAAAAAUGAGAUUACAUGAUGAACAUUGGAGAAUCAAUGUUACUGAUCCAAGAAAAUAUAUUUGA